AUGAUCGAUAAAGCCUUAUAUCACCAAGAUUACUCCGAGAUUGAUAUUGACACCGCUCUCGCUACAUUGGAGUCAACAGGGUCUCCACCACCGAAAAUCCCCGAAAUCAUCGAAUACUUAGCCGGGGCACCACACAAAGUCGUCCUCGUUGAUAACACCAGUGCUAGUAGUCUAGCGGAGGCAUAUCCGGCUUUCCUGAAGAGGGGUAUCAGCAUCAUCACCCCAAACAAGAAAGCUUUCUCCGGAAGCUAUGAGCUAUGGCAGGAUAUCUUCAGAUCAGCCAAGUCGGGUGGAUCUAUGGUGUUCCAUGAGUCGUCUGUCGGUGCAGGCAUGCCCAUCAUCUCGACAAUUAAGGAGCUCGUACAGACCGGCGAUGAAGUCACACGUAUCGAGGGUGUCUUCAGCGGUACCAUGUCCUUCCUUUUCAACUCAUUCGCUCCAACUUCGGGCUCUGGCGGCAAGUGGUCGGACAAUGUGAAAAGGGCAAAGGAGUUGGGCUUCACCGAGCCUGACCCUCGCGAUGAUCUGAACGGUCUCGACGUCGCGCGAAAGUUGACCAUUCUUGGUCGACUUGCCGGUCUCCCCAUUGAAUCUCCAUCUUCGUUCCCUGUGCAGAGUUUGAUUCCGGAUGAGCUCAAGGAUGUGGCCAGUGGUCAUGAAUUCGUCAGCAAGCUUCUUGAUUUCGACAACCAAAUGGAGGCGCAGAAAAUUGCAGCCCAGAAGGAAGGAAAGGUUGUGCGUUUCGUUGGUAGCAUUGAAGUAGCUACUAAAGAGGUCAAGGUUGGACUGGAAUGGUUUGAUCCGAUGCAUCCCAUCGCCACCCUCAAGGGCAGUGAUAACAUCAUCAGUUUCUACACCAAGAGGUACGGAGAUAUGCCGCUCACAAUCCGCGGUGCGGGAGCUGGAGGCGAUGUCACUGCUAUGGGUGUGACGGGGGACCUGCUUAAGGUUCUGGCUCAGUUUAGGUAG